UUUCAUCAUAAACAGCUAUUCUGCUUUUAAGAUAAUAUUUUCUCAUCUUUCUUAUACUAUUUACAAGAAGAGAAUGGCCCCGACUCUUGUUGCAAAUGCUACCAAUGGCGAAAAGGAGAUUGUUCGUCCAGUCGCCAAUUUCUCUCCCAGUUUAUGGGGUGAACAGUUCAUCAAUUUUGUUUUUGAUGCUGAGUUAACAGAGAAAUAUGACAAGGAGAUUGAAGGGCUUAAGAAUGACGUGAAAAGCAUGCUAACAGCUCCUGGAAAAGACAUGGUGGAGACUAUGAAUUUGAUCGAAACACUUGAGCGCUUGGGCAUCUCAUAUCACUUUGCAAACGAGAUUGAAGAACUACUAGAUCAUUUCUUUAAUCUCAACUCAAACUAUGCAGAUGAAGCCUAUGAUUUAUACACCGUUGCACUUCAUUUUCGUUUAUUUAGACAACAUGGCCACCGUAUAUCUUGUGAUGUCUUUAAAAAAUUCAUAGACGAGACUGGAAAAUUCAAAGAGUCUAUUAAGAGCGAUGCAAUAGGAUUGUUGAGCUUAUAUGAAGCAGCAUAUUUAAGAGUGCAUGGAGAAGAUAUACUAGAAGACGCUCUCGCUUUUACAACAGAAAACCUGAAAUCCAUGGCACCAAAUCUAAGCUCUACCCUUGGGAAACAAGUAGCUCAUUCCCUUGUUCAAUGCAUCCAUUUUGGGAACCCAAGAAUUGAGGCACGUAACUUUAUCUCCAUCUACCAAGAAGAUGAGUCCAGGAAUGAAAUGCUUCUGAGGUUUGCCAAAUUGGACUAUAAUUCAUUGCAGAUGUUGCAUAAAAAGGAGCUCUAUGAAGUAUCAAGGUGGUGGAAGGAUUUGGACCUUGUUUCUAAGCUUCCAUAUGCUAGAGACCGAGUUGUAGAAUGUUUUUUCUGGGCUAUGGGAGUUUAUCAUGAACCUCAAUAUUCCAUUGCUCGAAUCAUGCUCACCAAAACCAUUGCAAUGACGUCAAUAAUAGAUGAUACAUAUGACGCCUAUGGUGUAGUUGAAGAACUUGAAAUUUUUACGGAUGCCAUUCAAAAGUGGGAUAUUAGUGAGAUUCAUCGGCUACCAGAGUAUAUCAAACCAUUUUACAGUGCUCUUCUAAAUCUUUAUGAGCAAUUUGAUGAAGAACUAUCGAAAGAAGGACGAUCUUAUGCCAUCUACUAUGCAAAAGAAGCGCUAAAAGAACUUGUAAGGACAUACUAUGUAGAAGCCAAGUGGUUUAUUGAAGGAUACUUGCCACCAUUUUCGGAGUACAUGAGCAAUGCCUUAAUAACGUGCACUUAUGUGUAUCAUACAACUACAUCCUUAUUGGGGAUCAAAUCCGUUACCAAGGAAGAGUUUGAGUGGCUAAGCAAAAAACCUAAAAUGCUUGUUGCAAGCCUCAUAAUAUGUCGGCUCGUUGACGAUAUAGCGACCUAUGAGGUUGAGAAGGGAAGGGGCCAAAUUGCUACCGGCAUUGAAUCGUACAUGAAGGAAAAUGGUGUGACAAAAGAAGUGGCUGUUGAUAAAUUUUUUGAAAUGGUUGCAAAUGCAUGGAAGGAUAUUAAUGAAGAAUGUUUCCGACCAAGUUCCUCUCCAAGAGAAAUUUUGAUGCGAAUUCUAAAUCUUGAACGCAUUAUAGAUGUCACUUAUAAAGGCAAUGAAGAUGGAUAUACACAACCACAAAAAGUUCUAAAGCCUCACAUCAUUGCUUUGUUUAUUGAUCCCAUCGAGGUCUAAGUACUAUUUGGGAUCAGGUUGGACAAAAAUGGAUAUCUUUAAAUUUUAAUUUGUUUUACUUUUAUGUAAAAUCGUUGAGUAUGUUUGCAAUAAAAUUCUAAUGUACUUCCUUUUCAAAGUCA